CAGCUGAGCUCCGGUGCGUCUCCAUGCGUCGUCACCAAUAUUCCAACAUGGAAGUGAAGUGCUGGAGUACGCAGAUAUUUGGAUCUACCUCUGAACCACGGAAAGAUAUGCUGUCAGUAGGCUGAUACUCUCCGCCAUGUGGAGGUUACCUACAGCACGACUGAAUCCAGAUAAAUUAGAUUAUUGGAUUGACUGCAACAGAUUAUAGCUCUCCUACUUCAUCGAUGCUUCAUACGAAAACCACAUCGAUUUGAUAAUUUCACCGGUAAAUAUAAAGACUGGCAGCCAUGCUGACCAGCUUUAUAGAGGGUCUUCUCUGCUGCCUGACCUCAAAGUCUGCCAACGUUGUGGUUCCUGUAGAAACCUCAGAACCAGCUGAUGGCUAUGAGUUUGUGGAGGUGAAACCAGGCCGCGUCCUGCGGGUUCGACAUAUCAUCCCUGACCGUCCGGUGGUGGAGGAACCCACUGGGCAGGGUGGGAGUGUCAGCUGCAAACGAAAGAUCACAGUAUAUCGUAAUGGACAGCUAUUCAUUGAGAACUUGGGUGACAGGGCGAGUGCAGAGCUGAAAAACUGCCAGAAUGGAGAGACAGAACCAAACAGCACUGUGGAGGUCGAACUGACAGACUGUGGAAACUCCUCACCGCCCGUCACCAUCCCUGAGGCCAGGUCAGAGUGCGGCAUAGCUGGAAAAGACGGGCCAUCCGAAACAAGAGCAGAAGGAGAGGCACCUGCCACUGGACAGGCUGACCAGUCACAUCAGCAUAGGAAGCGCAGGCGGAAGCCCAAACGCACUGUGGUGAUCGACUGUGAGAGGAAGAUAUCAGCAUGUAAAGGGACACAUGCGGACGUGGCUCUGUUCUUCAUUCACGGAGUGGGAGGCUCACUGGACAUCUGGGGAAGCCAGUUGGACUUCUUUUCCAGGCUGGGCUACGAGGUGAUUGCCCCGGACCUGGCAGGUCAUGGAGCCAGCUCAGCACCACAGAUAGCUGCGGCAUACACUUUCUAUGCCCUGGCUGAGGAUAUGAGACUCAUCUUUAAGAGAUAUGCACGCAAGAGGAAUAUUCUCAUAGGACAUUCUUAUGGUGUGUCGUUCUGCACCUUCCUGGCCCAUGAGUAUCCGGAACAGAUACACAAGAUGGUGAUGAUCAACGGAGGUGGUCCCACAGCCCUGGAGCCCAGCCUCUGCUCCAUCUUCAACCUGCCCACCUGUGUGCUUCACUGCCUCUCACCGCUGCUUGCCUGGAGCUUUCUCAAGGCUGGCUUUGCUCGACAGGGUGCCAAAGAGAAGCAGCUGCUGAAAGACAACAAUGCCUUCAACGUGUCGUCCUUCGUGCUGCGUGCCAUGAUGAGUGGGCAGUACUGGCCUGAGGGGGAUGAGAUCUACCAUGCUGAACUCACAGUGCCCAUCCUGCUGGUUCACGGCAUGCACGACAAGUUUGUUCCCGUCGAAGAGGACCAGCGCAUGGCAGAGAUCCUCCUAAUGGCCUUCCUGAAGGUCCUGGAAGAUGGUAGUCACAUGGUCAUGAUGGAGUGUCCUGAGUCAGUCAACACACUCCUGCAUGAGUUCUUCCUCUGGGAGCCAGCCACCCCUCCACUGCCAAAGAAAGAGUCCAAAACGCGUCCAGAGACUGCCAAAGCCCAAUCUGACAACACCAAGGCUACAGCUGACCCUUCCAAGGUCCGACCUGCAACUGCUACACAUGCCUCAUCAAAUGACGGCACAGAGGAGAAGCCAGACAGCUAGGCCAAGAAAUUACUGAGAAAAUGCUAAAAUUACUAAGAUUAAAGCUAAAGCUUCCAGUGGUUGUUACACUAUAUGACUCACUUUGUGGGUCCUGAUAAUCUGAGCUGGUACCUCUUGAACCUGAUGCUGAGCCAAAAAGGCCAGUUUCUCUAAAUGGUCCAGCUAAAGCUGAAAGUCAAGGUGUGACACGAUGAAGGAAAUUCAAAUUUGAUUCCAGUUAUGUCAGCUUCUGAGCUGAAGGACAGAGAAAAGGGAUCUGCAUUAAUGAUUACUGGAGGUUCAUUCUUCAGUUUACAGCACCCUGUCCUCAACAUACAGCAGGGAAGAAAAAGCUAUGGCUUGAAGUGGAGAGUGGUGAUGAUUCCAGGGUUGGCAGUGCAGGAGACAGAAACAAUAACAAACAGCCAUGAGGGUGAGAGUAUUAUAAAAUGAACAGCUGUCAAGUGGCAAAAGUGAUAAAAUAUGAUUUUUAUUGCCAAAUCAAAUGGUGUCAUCUGCCACACUGACAGCUACUUUUUAAAAAGGAUAACACUGGGUUGCCAUUCCUAAAACAUGGUAAAGACAAGCAAAACAUGAUUUACAUGGUUUGUAUGAAACAUGCUCCUGCUUGACCACCUGAUACACUGCCCUAUGUAAAGCAGCAGCAGAGUCACAACCUUAUGGAAAAAUAGCUGGAUGAUAAAUUAGCCUGAUGUAUUAGCCGACUUAAGGUUUAGCAUUGAAUCAUGAUACUUGGUAGCUGUAAAAUGUCUAUGUGUGUCCCAGGAUGUUUUGUAGUUAGAUUGUUUCAUUGCAUAUAAUGAUACAUUUCAAACCUCAGCAGAGUUUUGAAAAAUGAUGUUGUGUGAAUGAUUGCAUGUGACUUGUGAAGCUGAACAAGUGAAGAAUGAAGUACUGACAAGAAGAGAAGUGAAAGUAAAUUUACUCCUUCCUAGAAUUCAGGGAAAUUUAAAGUAUGUUCAGUCAAGUGUAUCUUGCUUAAUUUAGCAAAAGCUGAGGCUCAGCACUGAAUCUACCUUGUAAUAAACUUGUAUGGCCAGAAUGGGCCAAAGAUAUUGCACAAAUCACAUGCACAUAAUGAGGUUAAAUCAAUAAUAAGAAGGCCUGUAUUGAGAUAUGCCAGGGAAGUGCGAGUGAGAGCGAGAAAGAAAAAGAACAGUAGCCCAAUGCAAUAUCCACAUAGAAAUGUAAAACAAUAGUGAUAAUGGUAGUGGUACAGAUGUAACUGAAAAUGAAUAAUAGUACUAAUAAUGAUUGCAAUAAUAAUGAUAAUAAUAAUAGGACUUAUGAUAAUAAUUGUUGCAGUGGGUGUUGAACAGGAACAUAACGCGACAGGAGAGAGGAAGGGGACGAGAAAGCACAAAACUACAAGAGAGGGACG